AUGUGUGAUUAUACCCAAGUCCAUUACAAGUGCUCCCGCCUCCGCUACACAGUUCGAGCGUGGUGCACGAAGUAUCAGGAGACGCACGAACGAUGUCCAGCCAAUGUUGUUGCAAUAGAAUACCGGCUUGACGAGAACUGCGGUGCGUUAAUAUAGAACAUGCGAAGUUGUGGGCUGAUCUUGUCUAGGAGACUGCAAAAAUAC